AUGUCAGCGCUGCUCGAGCUCAGCCAUGAGCUUCUCCACUGCAUCUUCGUCGAGGUCGAGCCGCGGGAUCUUGCUACCUUAUGCCGAACAUGCCGGGCUGUAAACGACUACAUUUCUGGCAAUAGGCUGCUGCAUAAGGACAUAUAUACUCGUCGAUACGACGAACUUCUCAACUCUACACGAGAUGCUGAGCCCGAUUGGCAGCAGAAUGUCCGUGAUUUAACAUGUCUGGAACGCAUUCUUGAAAGCGAAAGCCGGGAGUCGAAGUCAAAUGCACUAGGCUUCGUUGCGAAGCACAUCAACCACCUCAUUGACACAGCAUGUACGGAUCCAGACAAGUCAUUGAAUUUGCAGGUUCUUAGCGGGUAUUUCGAUGACACGGCCAACAUCGAUACCUUUCUUUGCUCAAGCUCGCUCUUCUCUCGAGCGGGCAAUGAGAACCAACAGGCCGCUGCCACUCGGGAGCUUCAGCAAGCCUCGGCGAAGCUACAUUGUUUGUUCGGCGUACCCAUUGACCACAUUCCAAGUCGGGCCUCGUUCACAAUCCAUCGACCACACCAUAUGCAGCUCUCGCCAUCAGCAUGUACUCGGAAUCAAAUGCGGCCACUGCCUACCCAUGCUUUUGCUCGAAGCAAGGUAUAUGACUUACGACAGUACACUGAUAACACGCUGUGGGGGCCAUUCAUGGACGACGGCUCGCAUCGAAUAGAUUGGGAGCGAGUAGAAGCCAUCAUGAUCGUCCUAGGCUACAAUCUCAACAAGUUCACCGAACGCUCUGACGGUCGCUGGCCCCGCGUAUGGCACAAGCCCUUCGUCGGCGCAACGCCAAACUCGUACCUUAGCCUGCCUCCAUCUGCUGCGCCGGAGAAGGACGACAUGGACGAAGAGAUGAUACGUAUUCGAUCCCUUGCUGCGUCCCUUGAUGCACAGGACCCGUACGGCGUAAGCGGUACAUGGAUGCGCGUCGUUUGCUUCCUCGAUUACAACGACCUUUAUGCUUUCAACUUCAGCUCGCGGAUUCCGGAUGACGAGCCACGCGCACCAAUCGAUACGGACGAAGGUAUUAUUGACCUUGCAGAAACUCUCCAAGUUACGAAGAUCGAACCGCCGGGCAGUGGUGACGAAUAUGACGACGACGACGAUGAUGAUGGCAUGGACUGGUCUAACUUCGUAGGCGAAAGACUGCCUGUCGUCCAUUUCAGGGGCACGUCUAAGAGCUUGCAUGCUUCGUGGGACCCGAAUGCCAAUAGCAAGAUCCGCGGAGUAGGAACCGUCCGCCAGACUCCUGAAGGCGAGAUUCGUUGGACGACGUUCUCCAUCUUUCACGGCGAAGAGCGCUGGCGAUCCGAAGGCAUCCAAGUUGGCGGUCUUAAAUCAGCUCGUGGUGUCCUCGGCAACUGGUUCGACAAAGACUACGACUUGCAUGGUCCCGCUGGUCCGACAGCCUUCUGGAAAAUGACUGACGAACUUGACGACGACAAAAGCGGCACACUGCCUGUUGCAUACUUCUAG